CUCCGAGUUGGCCAGGCUGCCCAGGACGAACGCCCGACCUCCGGAAGGUAGACGCUGCCCAGAGUCCCCAGGCCCCUCCGUGACGGCCUCUCCCAGAACCGGACGGUCCAGGGGGCGGCGGGCCGGCUGGGGCCCUCGGGGCCACUCAGGCUGUAACGGAAUCUCCCCAGCUGGCUGCUGCGCCGCGGCAGCUCCGGUUCCCGCCGGGCCCGAGGCUCUGACGCCGGCGCUCGGGCCGGCAGGUGGGCAGCUCGCGCAGAGGAGCAGCACCUGCGGGAGCCCAGGGCCAUGUGCAGUCUAUGAGGACGGCCCCGCGGGCCCGGAGCCCCGACCCCCGGCCGGAGACGCGGCGGCAGAGCAGGAGGAAUGUGGCGGCCGCUCCGGGCUCGCCAACGCCCAGGGCGGGGCGGGAGGGUGACAGGAAGCGCCCCCCCUCGAUCCUGAGGCAAAGCCAGCCGGAGCGUCCGGGCCGCGGCGCCGAGCCGCCGAGGAUCCCGAAGCGUGUGCGGUUCCACGAGCCCGUGGAGGUGGCGGUCCACUCUCUCCUCCCCAGACAUCGCCGGCAGGGAGCCCACGCCCGCCACCCAGGCGCCCCGCCGGCAGAGGCCCCACGCCCGCUCCCUGCUGCUGGGGCUGUCGCUGGGCCUGCUGCUGGCGCUGCUGCUCGGCCUGUGCUGCGGCCGCCCCGGGCCCCUCGCACCGGCCCUGGAGGACCUGCGGGCCCGGCUCCGCGCCCUCGCCCUGCGCCUGCGGCACCUGGUCGUCGCCUGCUGGCACUGCCUGCGGCCACUGUGACGGCUCCGACACCCGUGGCCCUGUGGGCAGGGCCCCGGGGGCCGCUGAGGGCCUGGAGCAGUGUGGGGUGACCCCUGGGCUACGGGGGCUGCCGGCGGGGGCCCCAGGACUGGAGACCAGACUCGGGGUCCGCCUUCCCUGCGAUCAGCACAGCACGGGCCGGGGCCCACGGAGAGGCUUCCAGAGGAGAAGGGCUCCCCUUCCGAAUCUCGGGGUCCCCAGGGCCCCUUCUGGCUUCUCAGUUCGGGAUCCCAAAGCAGGAGGAGGCCCCCGAGGUCCAGAGGGGACCCCAGACCUGGGCCUCGGGGACCCUCCAGCACCUCGGGCCCCCACACCAGCCCGGCCCUCAGGACUUCUUCUCAUCUGCCCGAACUGCCUGCCCCCCCCGAGGACGGGCAGAUUGCCCCCCCACGUUCCAGAUGAGCAAACGGGGGCUCCUCCGAGAGGCCGGGUCACGUGCCCGGGUCCCAGCGACACAGGCCCCCCCCCCCCCCGCCCCGGCCCUGCAGCCCUGCCCCGUCCGGGGACCACGCCCUCGGAGGGGUGAGGGGGCUGUGAGCACACGGCCGAGGGCUGGCCCCCACGAGAGCCGCGCAGAGACCCGCUGGCACCGCGGCCCAGACGACGACCGGAGGUCCUGGGACCAGAUCGCCUGCCCAAGGGGGACACCGUCAGCCCGGGAGACAGGGGCGCCGCCCACCCUCAGCCGCGCAGGGCGCGUUGGGAGGCAGCCCCCGGGGAGCGUGCCCAUGUGGGGGGGCCCUGGGGAGGACGGGGGCGGGUCCAGGGCAGCGCUCACCCUCGAGUGACGAGCGGUCACGUCGCUCAGACGCGUCCAUGAGACACUCUGGUCUUCCCAUUUUUAUUUGACUUUGAGAAAUAAACACACUUAAGGAUCUUC